AUGAUUACCGCUGCCAGCAAUGCAGGGGAUCCUCAGUUGUUUGGACAACUUCACUCCGAGCUGAUCAAACGGCUGGCACAGAAAGCAGUGAUCGAAGGCGAUCGUAGUCUCGAACUGGUGCAGGCAAUACUGGUCAUGGAGUCAUGGCUGUGGGUCCCCGACAACUUCGAGAAUGUAAACUUCUACCAAUGGAUUCACAUCGCCGCAACAAUGGCAUUACAGCUUGGCCUAGGUGGCACUGGCAAGGGUCAGUCUCGAAGUCGUCGGGAAGAGUCGGAAGCGACGGCAGACAUGCAAGAGCUACGGACAACGCUGGUCGUGUAUCUAUCGGCAUCCAGUGUAGCGAUCAGUCUCCGCCGAGACAACAUGUUCGGCCUCACGCCUGCUGUACGCGUGGCACUGGAUGCAUUCAGCAAGCGAGCAGAGACCACGAACGACAGACGACUGCUAGCUUGGAUCCGGCUCGAGAUGAUCGCGGAAGAUGUCCAAAGUGUCACACCGAAUCAACAAUACAGCCGUGAGUCCUUCCUAGCCAUGAGCUCGGAUGUGGCCGCGAAUGUGUACCGGCUCCACAUCCGCCUCGAAAACUGGCAGAAGGAGCUGCAGCCUGGCAUAAUGAACGAAUUGCUGUUUGUUCACUUCCAAUAUUGCAAAGCGAAGCUGUACGAAGUUCCCGUGCACUUCCAUCAUGACCUUUCGAAACUGGUGGCCUACCCAUUCACCGGAGGCGAUGACAGUGCACCGGACGACGAGACCCACGGAGGCGACAGUAACGCCAUCCUGCGCCGAGCUGUGCAGCCAUAUCACGAUGCUUGUCGAGGGGUUUUGCACGCCGUACUGGCAAUCACGCCCGAAGCGCUCGGCGGAUGUCCCACUGUGUUGCUGGCUCGAGCAGUGUAUGCGAUGAAUGGCCUCAAGGUUGGCCAGAGGCGCCAUGGGAUUGAGGAAGAUGUGCGGAGCAUUCAUACUCUCAUAGCGAAUCACUUGUCGAAGGCGGUUGGCGAGCACGGACGACAGAUCCCGAGAGUGUUCCUGCAUGUCUGGAAGGGGCUCCUGGAUGCCCAAGAAACCGCGGAUUCAACGCCUUACGCCACCGAUUCAGAACACCUAAACAGCACCGCACCGAAAGCUGAAGACGCCUACAGUACACCUUGA